AUGCCCUCUCAAGAGCAGUCACCUCAGGACUACGAGAGCAGAGCGAGCCCCCCCAACGACCAGCAAUACCAUGCAGUGCGAUGGUACCGCUCAACCUUCUACAACAUGACCAUCCUCGGUCUGUGCAACCUUGCCGCUCCCGGCAUCUGGGGCGCGAUGAAUUCGCUUGGCGCAGGCGGCGCUGCGAAGCCGAACCUGAUCAACGCCGCCAACGCGCUGACCUUCUGUCUCAUGGUGGUGUCGUGCUACUUCUCCAGCGCGCUGGUGCACUACAUCGGCAUCAAGGGGGCCCUGAUCUUUGGGACCAUUGGAUACGCCCCAUAUGCGGCAGGGCUGUACACAAAUAACCGCUUCGGCAAUGAAUGGCUGGUUCUCCUGGGUGCUGCUCUCUGCGGCAUCUCGGCCGGCGUCUUCUGGAUGGCCGAGGCGGCCAUUGCCAUGGCCUACCCGGAGCCCUGGAACCGCGGCAAGGCGCUCGGCUACUGGCUGACCUACCGGCUCUCGGGCCAGAUCCUGGGCGGCGCCAUUAACCUGGGCCUGAAUGCCGACCGCAACGAGGCCGGCAAGGUGUCGUACACCGUCUUCCUUGUCUUCAUCGCGCUGCAGGCCGUCGGUCCUCUCGUUGGCCUGCUGCUCACCCGCCCGUCCAGGGUGGAGCGCCGAGACGGGAAGCGAGUGGACCUGAGCAUCACGCAGAAUCCGUGGUUUGAGAUGAGGGAGACUGCGAGGCUGUUCUUUAGCAGGAGAUUCCUGCUUAUCGUGGUGUUCAUCGGCCAGGCCGUGUUCGCUGAGGCUGUCUUCUUCACCUAUCUUGCGAUGUGGUUCUCGGUGCGAGCCAGAGCUCUCGGCUCAUUUGUUUCCGGCAUAGUGGCCGUCAUAUCUGGCAACCUACUUGGCCUCUGGCUCGACAGGACGCAAAUCCCGCUAAAGACCCGUGCUCGUGGCGCCUUCUGGGUCGUUGUCACGCUUCAAGGCGCCUGGUGGAUCUGGGCGACCGUAUUAGUCACGCGCUUCCGUCAGACCAAGCCGACCUAUGACUGGGCCAUGCCCGGCUUCGGCGCCGCCUUUGCCGUCUUCGUGUUUCUGACACUCGGCUUCCAGCUCAACUACCUCUUUCUCUAUUUCGUCAUCCACAACCUGGCAGAGAGCGAGGCCGAGCUGAUCCGCUACGCCGCGCUGUUGCGUGGCACCGAGUCCGCCUGGCAGGCUCUGAGUUACGGCCUGGAGUCGUUAACGGUGUUUGCCGAGGUUGGCGGCGUGUAUAUGAAUUUUGGCUUGUGGGGGAUUGCUAUCCUCCCGGCCUGGCUUGUUCUGCGCCAUUUUGGCUCCGUGAAAAAUGGGGACGAGGAUACGGGUACAGAUAGCAUGAGCCAACAGGAGCCAACUAGGGAUACGGAUGUCAAGGGUAGCUAAGUGUUGAAAGUUAGGGCCGAGACUACUCAGAAACGCAGGGGGAGGGGAUGCAGGCAGGUG